AUGGCAGCAGGGGUGGCGGGAAAUAUGGGGGCGGCAAGGGUGGCGCGGUCAGGGGAUGAUGAGGAUGGCACGGCAAGAGGAUCGGGAAUUUGUCCCCUUCUGCCAAGUAGUUGGAGCCGAGGCGAGGCACCCCGUGCCCUCCCAGCGGGGCGCCGAGGCGAGGCGAGGCGAGGCGGACGGGCAAUGGGCGGUAAUCUCUCGGCGCCCAGCGUCGGCCGUGAAAGCGCCUGCGCGCGGGGGCGGGGCGUGGGCAACGGCAAUGUCCGGGAGGGGAGGGGGAGGGGAGGGGCGGGCGUCGUCGAUCAUCGGGGAUCGCGAGCCGUCCGCGCCCGGCCGACAUUAAUAUUUAUAUCGUCGUCAUUACUGGCCCCUGGCCACCGGAGCCCGCAGCGCCUCGGGGACGCCCGCGCCGGAUCGCCCGCGGUCCCGCCCCCCGCCCGCAACACGCUCGCCCAGCCCUCCGCCACGCCCGGCCCUAUCAACCCUCCUCGUCCUUCCCUUACCAAAAGCCCGCUCCGCCACCACAGGCCCGACGACCAUCAUCGUCUCGCUCGCGGACCGCCCUUCGCCCGGCCGCCCGCCCCCGCCCCGCCGCCCCGCCGCCACUGCGCAUCCCAGUUUUCCAUCAACGGCCCCCAACAACGUGUCACCCGCCGCCAUUAUUCCCGCGAUGCCAUUGCCGUGCCUCCCAAACGGCUGCACCCACGCAACUGCGAAGACACGGAGUCAGCCCCGUUCGAAACGGCGAUGUACCGCGCGCCUCCACAAACUCACCAAGAUGUUCGUUGCAAACUCUAUUCUCAUUUGAAGUUUUCUGAGAUUGGGCGCAAGAAGGAACUGAGUGAAAUUGUCGUUACGGAAGUAUUAACUUCUAAAGAAGAAAGGAGUAAUUGGUUUUGUGUUGUACGUGCUUACAUUUUAAGUUUCUCACCACCCUCAAAUGUUCAACAUGCAGGAAUUAAUGCUGAUGUGAAAGGUGAGUCAAAAAAACCAGGUCGAGUCUGAGUAACGAAGAGCAUC